AUGAAGGAAAACCUGGUGAGAAGCAGGCAAAACUCUACGCUGCUCUGCAAAAUAGAGAAAUCCUACCUACAAGGCACCUCUUCUAGCGGCUAUUAUUUUACUGAAGUUAUGAUGAGAGAACAGAUAGCACGUGAGGAAGAGCGCGAUGGGUUGUUCUAUGCUAUGGAUGGGAAACAACAAGAGAUAAUGGAUUACAGGCGCACAUUUCAAGCUCAAACAGCAAGCUCCUUCACCCAGGUACAAGAGAACCAAGCACACGUGGCACAUAGCCUCCGCCAGCUGCAAGAUUGCAACGCAUCACUAGCAGCCCAAAAUUCAGCAGCUUCAACUCUCCGAACGUCUCCACCGCAACAGGAGUCAUCGUUGACAACAAUAUUCAUCUGA